GCCACACGAUUUAAAUGGGACUUGUAAUUGAAAAUAUCUGUACCUCUUGGAAUAUAACAUAACUUUAAAUUGUAAAUCGUUUACGACUGGCAGUUGCCACAUUUUUCCAUAGUUGAUAAUGCUGCUUUUACUGCUGAUUUUCUGUUUCUGCACACAUACAGCUGAAGGGUAUAACUACACGUGCCUCAAAUGUACCGAAUCUCCGAGACCAUAUACGUGUCAGACAAUCCAACACUGCGGCAGUCAUGAGCUUUGCCAUCUCGAAGAAUAUGUCACCACGAUAGGAUCACGGAGGUUCAACCUGGGAUGCAUGGAUGAAAUGGUCUGUGCAAUAUCACAAGUGAUAGGCCGCAAGCGCGCGGAUGCAGGGUGCUCCCAGUGUUGCCAUGGCGACCUCUGCAACGUGAAAGGUUGCGGACAGGAGCUGCAUAUAUCUGAUGGUCCGGUAUGCUAUUCGUGUGACAGUUCUCUGGGUACUGAUGGCUGUGAGAAAGUGCAACAGUGUGGCAGGGACGAGGUGUGUCAGAUCACCGCACAAAUUCAGUUUUCUGGCCUCGGGGAGAAGUUUUAUUCCACAGGAUGUGUUCACAAACAAGAUGCAUCCUGCCAGUUAAGCGGAAAAGGAGGCUGUAGGUACUGCUGUGAUUCCAAUCUCUGUAACGCUGUUGAUCCGUGCUUCUCACGCCUGAACAGCACGAACCCUUCCACGUACACGACCGCCUCCACAACUCCUAACAUAACGUCGACCCAAACUGCUAUCAUUACCAAAACAAAAACUGGGACCAUGACUGCCGCCACAACCCCUUACAUAACGUCCACCAAAUAUUCUACAAUAACAAGUGGAACAACGAUUGCCGCCACAACUACUAAUUCAGCUUCUUUAUCGACAAUAUUGUACAAUGGUCCGUGCAUCGAUGAAAGCCCGGUCGUGUGCGCAUAUGAUACCAUUUGCCGUCAUCAUUCGAUGAGGUGCCCAAAACUCUGUAAGCUGUGUGUGUAGGACUGACGAGCAGAGUUUGUCGAUACAUGACUUGAUUAUCCACCUGCGCCAUGCCGUAUGCUCAAUGUUGUUUGUUUCGUUGUUGUUGUCAAUUCGCUAUGUUAAGUAAACCGUUUGAAAUAAAGCUAAUUGAAAAAUAAA